AUGGCAAAGUCCGCAAGGCGAGCAGGAAAGGCAAAGGCCUCUGCGACCCCAACUUCAUCUUCUGGAACCUCGACUCCUAGUUCACAAGCGGGUCCACUUCCUCCGUUCACCAAAGCCUCCGCCUCACUUCAACCCUUCCUCGAAACCCUCUUCCCAGAGGAGGUGUACCUGAUCCAUAUAGACAAUACUCCGAGAGAAACCAAACAGCAGGCAUUCAACGCACCGGUGUUGAUCAAUGUCGUCAUCACAAUGGUCCUGGCUUUCCGCUUGUACAUGGUCCGCAGCAUGUACCCGGCGAUGCUGGCGACAUUGGCUGGCCUAACAAGCUCCAUGACGGUGGACACCACCGCGCUGUCAUGGGGGGAGCUGACGCUAAUCGUCUUGAGUCGGACCGCGAAUGUGAUGUUGGAUUACUUUCUGGUAACAAUUUUUCUUUCCUGGCCGAUCCGAUUUAUUCAGGGCCCUGUCAUGUGGCGUCGCAGUCUCGGCUUCCGGGGCCGUGAGGUUAUUGUCCGACGCAGCCGGCCCAGCUUGAGCGAAGGGUUGGAGCGGAAUCGCUGGAUUCGAGAAGAUGAAGCCACGAGGGAUAAGAUCGUCGCCGCCGUGACCCCGGACCGGAUCAAGAAAACCGGCUAUCUACUUGUGGAUGCGGAUUGGGACCUUGACUACAAUGCUAUGAUAAAGGCCCACGAACUAGUAGACCGCACCCGAAAGGACGACGGUGUGCCUUUGGAAGAGUUCCGGACGGCAGUGCUCGUCAAUACGGAUUCGGACGGUUGGUUGAUCUGGCACGUUGGAGACGAGGAUACGGCGGAAGGAAGGGCUCGGUCGGCCCAACGCGACCAAAUUCUGGCAUUCAAGGAUAAACUGACGGCCAUGGGGAAAGAGGAUCUGUUCUUCCGAUGGGUCGAGUUGAUCCAGUAUGAGAGUACCCGGCCCGGUGGAUUCACCCUUGAGAGGCAGAAGUCUGCCAUGAUCCAAGCUAAGCAACUAUUUGAGGAUGAAGGGGUCGAUUUCGCGCGAUUUUGGCAGGAAGUUGGCGGCAUGGAGGGUUUCGUGGAGGAACUUGAUUGA